AUGCCGUUGGACAGCUCGACCUACGCCCUGGCGCAUCUCCGCGUCGACGGUCGGCGAUGGAACGAGCUCAGGCGCAUCCAUGGUCAGAUGUCCACUCAAGCCGCUGCAGAUGGCAGUAGCUAUUUCGAGAUGGGGAACACCAAGAUCAUCUGUACCGUGCUAGGCCCGAGGCAGCAGACGCGAAGUGGAGGGGGAAGUCAGAGCGCCAAGGCGAGCAUUGAAGUAGAGAUUGGCCUUGCUGGAUUCAGCGGCAUGGACAGGAAGAAGAGAUCCAGGACAGACAAGUGAGAGAGGACACGCCCAUCGGGACAUGGACAAUAAGUGCUGAUGCUGCGGGAAUAGGCGUAUACACGAAAUGCAGUAUGCCAUCUCAUCCGCUUUCUCCGACACCGUCUUUACCUCUUUCUACCCGCAUUCCACCAUCAGCAUCCUCCUGCACGUGCUCUCCCAGGAUGGCGCACUGCUGGCUGCUUGCCUCAAUGCUGCCACUCUUGCUCUCAUCGACGCGGGCGUGCCCAUGAAAGACUACAUCACAGCUUGCACCACCGGGUCUACCGCAUCAUAUGCCUCCAACGACGAAGAGGCGGAUCCUCUCCUAGAUUUGAAUGGAGUGGAAGAGCUGGAACUGCCGUUUCUGACAAUGGGUACGAGUGGAGGCGAGGACAAGGUCAAUGUGCUUGUCAUGGAAACCAGAGUACAACUACCACGAGUAGAAGCUAUGAUUUCGGUUGGUCUGGAUGGAUGCAAGCAGAUCCGUGCAAUUUUGGACGGCAUUGUGAGGGAUCAUGGGAAGAAGCUGUUGAAGUCGAAAUGA